GCGGGCAAGAUGGCGGCGGCCGCGGUGGCUUCGGCGCUGACGGGCGCCUUGGGGCAACUGGCGCGCGCGUGCGGCCGCGGCGUCGGGGCUCCUUGGCAGCCCGGGGCGGGCUCCCUCUGGUCCGUUGCUCGAAGGAUCAGCUCGCAGAGCGCCCCGUCUCCAUCUGGGUACGUCCCCAAAACCUCCCUGAGCUCCCCACCGUGGCCGGAAGUCGUCCUGCCAGACCCCGAGGAGGAGACCAGGUACCACACAGAGGUCGUGAGGAAGGUGAACGAGCUGAUCGCCGCGGGCCAGCACGGCCGGCUCUUCGCCGUGGUGCACUUUGCCAGCCACCAGUGGAAGGUGACCUCGGAGGACCUGAUCCUCAUCGAGAACAAGCUGGACGUCCAGUGCGGGGAGAGGAUUCGCCUCGAGAAGGUCCUGCUGGUCGGGGCAGAUGACUUCACGCUCCUCGGCAAGCCGCUGCUCAGUAAGGAUCUGGUUCGGGUGGAAGCCACAGUCAUUGAGAAGACAGAGUCGUGGCCAAAAGUCAACAUGAAGUUUAGAAAGAGGAAAAACUUCAGGAAGAAGCACAUUAACGUGAACCCCCAGACUGUCCUGCGCAUCAACAGCAUCGAGAUCGCGCCACGCCUGCUGUGAGACCCGGCGACCGUCCGCAAGGGGAGGCCGGAGGCCCAGGGCCUGACCGUGGCCGUUCGGAGCCAGUCCACAGGAAGGCCCGGAGGCCCCUUCUCCAAUUAACCACCCCAAAGCCCACGGGACACUGUGGCUCAAGCGGUA